AUGGGUUCCGUUGUCUUGCCACAUCUGCGCUCUGCCUGGCACGUUGAUCAGGCUAUCCUCUCGGAGGAGGACAGACUUGUGGUUAUCAGAUUUGGUCGGGAUCAUGACGUUGACUGCAUGCGUCAAGAUGAAGUGCUCUUCAAGAUCGCUGAGCGUGUGAAGAACUUUGCGGUAAUCUACCUCUGCGACAUUGACGAGGUACCUGAAUUCAACUCCAUGUAUGAACUUUUCGAUCCCAUGACGAUCAUGUUCUUCUGGAGGAACAAGCAUAUGAUGUGCGAUUUCGGCACUGGUAACAACAACAAGUUGAACUGGGUGCUUGAGGAUAAGCAGGAGUUGAUCGACAUUAUCGAAACCAUCUAUAAGGGUGCUAAGAAAGGGCGCGGUCUCGUCGUGAGUCCUAAAGACUACUCGACUAGAUAUCGCUACUAG